UUAGGAGUGAUGAUCCAUAUGCGCCCACAAACCCCAUGACCCCACUUCCACUGCAGUUGCCAUCAUCCAUCACCCAUCAACCCCAACUCAAUCAUUCACACUUUUCUUUAUCUUCUCUUCUCUCCUCUCUUCUCUUCAUUUCAUCUCCUUCACUCUCUCUUGCACACAAAAACAUCAUGGUUUACUUCGAAGGAGAAAAGGAACACAAAGACCUUAUCCCAGGUCUGCCAAACGAAAUUGCAGAGCUCUGUCUCCUUCACGUUCCCUACCCCUACCAGGCUCUCUCACGUUCUGUUUCUUCCACCUGGAACAGAGCAAUAACCCAUCCCUCCUUUAUCUUCUCAAAGAAAACUCUUUCCCACCCAAACCUCUUCGUUCUCGCCUUCCAUUCCCAAACCGGAAAGCUUCAGUGGCAGGCACUUGAUCCUUCCUCCGCCCGCUGGUUCCUUCUCCCACAAAUGCCCUCGCCGGAGGAGGACGACGCCUGCCCGGCGCCACUCGCAUGCGCGGCCCUGCCUCGCCAGGGGGAGCUCUUCGUCGUCAACGGAAGGGAGACGCUGGCAUAUCGCGCCGCCACGAACCAGUGGUCGGUGACUGGGGGUCCUGGGAGGAGGGAACUCGUGGCGGCGGUGGGAGUGGAGGGGAGGAUAGUCGCGGUGGGGAGAGGUGGAACGGGUGUGUACGAUCCUGAGAGCGACACAUGGCAGGAGGGGAGUGAGUUGGGAGGGGAGCUGGAGAGGUAUGAGGUUGUGGCGGCGGCGGGUAGAGUGUAUGUGACGGAGGGGUGGUGGUGGCCGUUCAUGUUCCGGCCGAGGGGUUGGGUGUAUGAGGUGGAGAGGGACACGUGGCAGGAGAUGAGAGUUGGAAUGAGAGAGGGGUGGAGUGGGGUGGGUGUGGCUGUGGGUGAAAGAGUUUUUAUGAUCGCCGAGUAUGGAGAUUCGCCGGUGAAGGUAUACGAUGAGGAGCAUGACACGUGGUAUCCUGUGGGAGGUGGGAGAUUUCCGAGAGAAGUUAUGAAGAGACCCUUUUGUGCCACGGGGUUGGAUGACAGAAUCUACGUGGCAUCUCGUGGGUUGAACGUGGCAAUAGGAAUUGUGGAGACGGUGCAAGAUGUCAAAGGUUGUUCUGCUGACGUGUCUGUGACGUGGCAAGUGGUGGAGGCUCCGCGUGCUUUUCGCGAAUUCUCACCUUGUAGUUGUCAAGUGCUGUAUGCUUGAACAGGGUAUAACGUUUGUUUAUCGUGUUUUUCUUUCUAAUCUAAUUUUGUUGUAUUAGGGAAAGUGAAGAUGGUUUUGUUUUACUCAUCCAUGGAUUCAAGAUGUCUGUGCCUGCAUCUUCGUUGAUGGGGGAAUGAAUCAUAGCUUCGAGUUUCAUCGUGGUCACCAUGUUCUCAGCUACUCUAAUUAUUUAUAAUAAAUCCAAUAAUAUUAUAUUAAAAAGUAUA